CGUUCCGGGACUGGGCGAAAUGGCGGCGGCUGCGGUGUGGGUGUGGGUUCGCGGUCCGGGUUUCGGGUGUAAGGCGGUAAGGUGUGCCUCGGCUAGAUAUUCCGUCCUGGAUGUCAUCCACCGACACUGCCAGAACCAGGGUGUUCCUGUGGAAUACUUCUUUGUGAAGUGCAGUGGAGCCCUCGUUAGCACCAGUGACACAGUGCAGCAUGGAGCUGUUUAUACUCUGGAGCCCAGACUUUGUGGUGGGAAAGGAGGUUUUGGGUCUAUGCUCCGAGCACUUGGUGCUCAGAUUGAGAAGACGACCAAUCGAGAAGCCUGCCGGGAUCUCAGCGGGAGGAGGCUACGAGAUGUCAACCAUGAGAAAGCAAUGGCUGAGUGGGUAAAACAGCAAGCUGAGCGAGAGGCAGAGAAGGAGCAAAAGCGCCUGGAGCGGCUGCAGAGGAAGCUUGCAGAACCCAAGCACUGCUUCACCAACCCCGACUACCAGCAGCAGUGCCACGAGAUGGCUGAGCGCCUGGAGGAUUCUGUCCUCAAAGGUAUGCAGGCUGCCUCCAGCAAAGUGGUGUCGGCAGAGAUCAGUGAGAAUCGGAAACGGCCCAGCAAAUCAAGGAACGAGGAAGAAGCCAGUGCAAAGAAAAGGAAGUGCUUUUGGUUGGGAGUGGAGGGGCUGGAGACUGCAGAGGGGUCCAGCUGUGGGAGCUCUGAUGACGAUGAUGACAGGGAAGCAACACCUGGUACUUCAGGCGUGAGCUGCUCUGCUCCACAAGAUGACAGUGGAUGUGAUGAGAUGGCAGCUGAAGGUUCCUGCAGUUCUCCAAGGGUGGUAGUAUUGAAUUCAGACUCUGUGUCACCAGCAAAACCCCACAGCCUGGUGACUGACACUGGGAAGGGGACUCCAGAAGGCUGCACUGAGCUGGGAGAGGCAUCCAUGGAUAAGCACAGGGUGGAAAAGGAAGGUGGAGAAGCAGAGGACCCCUGCAGGAGACAGAAGGCUGAGAGCCACCAGCCCAGAGAAAAGGAUGCAGCCAGCACUGUGCUGAAUAAGGACCGAGAGACAGAAAAAAUGACUGGGGGGGACAGGGCUGCCCAGGUAGAACCUGGAGAAGACAGGGCAGACCUUCCUGCUGCCAGACUGGAGGGCAGCCAGGCAGGAAACUCGAGAAAGCCAACUAUAUUCACCAUCCCUCAGGGUCAUGCCGCAUGUUCUCUGGAAUGGAUGCGCUCGCUCUGAAACCUGCCUGUAGACAUGGGUGCCUUUGCAGGUCUUGGAGGAAAAUGACUGGAACUGACUUUUGUACAUGCAACCGUGGAGCAAGGACAAGUGAGUGCCUGGCAGUUCUAUAGACACGGACUCAUGUCACAGAUGAGUUGCUCACCACCAUCAAGCAUGGACACUGUCAUAACUGACUGCAAUCCCAGGCUGAGGCAGGAGGGUGGAGAGUUCGUGGCCAGCCUGGGCUGCACAGGGACAUUCUGACUCAAAAGCAAAGGUGGCCUAGCCGUGAAGAAGAAAGACUUCUUGUGCUCCAACGAGUGCAGCGGGCAGGGGGACCCGAUCGCGGUGCCCGCAGUAUACAUGGGGGUCACGGGCCCGAUAGGGGG